AUGGUGGACCCCGCCACUAAUUUUAAUGCCCCACCAAGUUACUCCUUCAAGCUUUAUGCAUUUGCCACGUGUUUAACCUUCAAAACAUGCCACGUGCCUCUCCAAGAAGAAAUCCCAACCACUACUUAUGUUCCCGCUUCAGCUACUCCCCUUUGCCUCACUCACUGUCUCUUAACUCUCUUUCACUCUGAACCUUUCACGUUCAAAAUGAAUGGCUCCACCACGCUCCACCUUCAACACGAAAACCCUAGCUCCCUCAACCUCAAUUUUUACUGUGUUACUUCCCUCAAAACCCUAACACCCCAUAUCACCUGCCUCGCAGUUCACCGAAACCUUCUAUACGCUGCAUCCCUCAACCUCAUCAACGUCUUUGAUCUCUCCCAUUACACCCAAGUUGACGCAUUCAACGAAAACCACGGGUCAGGUUUCGUCAAGUCCAUCGCGUUCAGUGGUUCAAGGGUCUUCACCGCUCACCAAGACUGCAAGAUUCGUGUGUGGCUGAUCACUCCUUCCAAACGACAUCGUCUUCUGUCGUCCCUCCCCACCGUGAAGGACAGGUUGCGCCGCUGCAUGGUACCCAAAAACUACGUCAGCGUUAGACGCCACCGGAGGAGGCUCUGGAUACAACAUUGCGACACGGUGUCGGGUUUAGCAGUGAACGAGAAGCUUAUGUACUCGGUUUCAUGGGACAAAAGUUUUAAGAUAUGGGACUUGUCGAGUUACCGGUGUUUGGAGUCUACUAAGGCGCAUGAAGACGCCAUCAACGCCGUCGCCGUCGCCUACGACGGCACCGUUUACACUGCCUCCGCUGAUGGUUGCAUCAAGGUUUGGAAGAGGGAUGAUAAGGUGAAACGGCACACGUUGGUGAGCACCACAGGGAAGCAGAAAUCAACCGUUAAUGCGCUUGCAUUGGACGGCGAUGGCAUGGCGUUAUUUUCCGGUGGUAGCGACGGCACAAUCUGCAGGUGGGAGAGGAAGUGCAGUGAAAACGACGUCGUGAAGGUGGAAACGUUGCGGGGUCAUAGUGGGGCCAUACUGUGUUUGAUCAACGUGGCUGGUUUGUUGGCAAGUGGGUCUGCAGAUUUAACGGUUAGGAUUUGGAAACAAGAAAGGAAGAGUAGUGGGUAUUGUUGUAGGGCAGUGUUGGAAGGACACGAGAAACCGAUCAAGUCAUUGGUGGCAUUUUCGAGUGUUGAAACUGAAGGUGACUCAAACGGGGUCGUUACGCUCUUCAGUGGAAGCCUUGACGGGGAUAUUAAGGUGUGGGAUGUGUUUGGUUUCGUUUGA